GGAGGAGGGUGGAGUAGAGAAAAGGGAAGCAGGAGGGGGGCUACAUCGCUAGGUUGUCUCCAAGCUAUGCUGCUGCCAGUAGCAGGUUGCCAAGCAGUUAUCAUUGCUUCUGCGAUGCAGAGACUGUUGCUAAUUGUAAAGAGCCUUGCAUCUUUUAUUCUCCUCUGACUUGGGUUAUUUUGUCCUCCGCGUUCCUUGCAUGGGUCCUUUUUUUUUUUUUUUCUUUUUUUUUUUAACAUGCUUCGAAAUCGACUGCUGAUUGUUGUGAUGGAAUAGUAACUCACUGGCUUUGGGGCAUUUAACCAGACGGUAACAUCACAUAGACUACUGCGUUGGGUACAAGUGGGGAGAUCAUGACCACAGCUAAAGAACAGAAUGCUCCCGUGAAAUCGCAGCAUCAGCAAGAGCAGGAGUUGGUGGGGAGCAACCCUCCUCAGAGGAACUGGAAAGGAAUAGCAAUUGCACUUCUUGUCAUUCUUGUAAUCUGCUCCAUGAUCGUCACAUCCGUCAUACUGCUGACUCCAGUGGAAGAUAAUAGCCUGUCACUCAAAGCCAAGGUAUCGCUACAAGAUUUGGUCAGUGGAGAGUUUGCAAUCCAUGAUACGGAAGCUAAAUGGAUAAAUGGUAAAGAACUGUUAUUUCGAACUCAGCAAGGCAACGUGGUAAAGCUAAAUGUGGAAAAGAACGAGUCUACCUUACUAAUAGAGAAGAAAAUGUUUGACACCUUCAAGGUCAGUAAAUAUGAAGUGUCUCCAGAUAUGAAGUACGUUCUCCUCGCAUUUAAUGUCAAAACGAUUUACCAGCACUCGUUUACAGCGCAGUACGCCCUAUGUAACCUCAUCACCGGUAAACUUACAGACUUAAACCCACCAGAAGUAGAAGUAGAGAAAGCAUAUCUCCAGUAUGCAGGAUGGGGCGCUAAGGGCCAGCAACUGAUUUUUAUAUUUGAAAAUAACAUCUUCUAUAAAAUGAAUGCUGACAGCCGCCCCAUUCGCUUGGUCUCCACUGGGAAAGAAGGAGUCAUUUUUAACGGGCUGAGUGACUGGCUUUAUGAAGAGGAAAUAUUUAAAACCCACAUUGCCCACUGGUGGGCUCCAGAUGGCGCCAGACUAGCAUAUACAACAAUCAACGAUACCAAAGUCCCCACCAUGGAGAUCCCUGUGUAUACAGGGUCAAUUUACCCAACGGUGAAAAAUUAUCAUUAUCCAAAGGCCGGCUCUGAGAAUCCAGUUGUCACCUUACAUGUUGUCAACUUGAAUGGGCCUCUUCACCACGUGGAAAUGACACCCCCUGAUGAUCAAAGAAUGAGAGAAUACUAUAUAACUAUGGUGAAGUGGGCAACCAAUACCAAGGUGGCAGUCAACUGGUUAAACAGGGCACAGAAUAUCUCCAUUCUGACACUGUGUGAUGCCAUUACCGGAGUUUGCACAAAGAAACACGAGGAUGAAAGCGAUGCCUGGUUACACAGACAGAAUGAACAACCAAUCUUCUCAAAGGACGGCAGAAAGUUCUUCUUUGUCAGAGCAAUUCCACAGUUGGGUCGUGGGAAAUUUCACCAUAUUGCAGUUUCUUCAUCACAAGCUAACAACAGUAAUGACAAUUUACAGUCUAUUACCUCAGGAGACUGGGAUGUUACAGAGAUUCUGGCAUAUGAUGAAAAGAAUCAAAAAAUCUACUUUCUCAGCACGGAAGACUCCCCUACUCGCAGGCAUUUAUACAGUACUAACACCAAUGGGAGCUUCAACAGACAGUGCAUCUCGUGCUUAUUGAUUGAGAACUGUACUUAUGUCAGCGCCUCGUUCAGUCACACUCUGGAGUAUUUCUUGCUGAAAUGUGAAGGUCCAAGGGUUCCAGUUGUUACUAUUCAUAACACAACAGACAACCAAAGUCUCAUUGAACUGGAAAACAAUCACAGAGUGAAAGUUGCAGCAGAUAAAAAACAGAUGCCUUACUCCGAGUUUCAGUACAUUCAAGUGGAUGACUACAAACUGCCAAUGCAGAUUAUCAAACCGGCAACCUUCAUAAACACAGCGCAUUACCCUGUUUUGCUUGUUGUGGAUGGUAAUCCUGGCAGUCAGAGCACCUCAGAGAAGUUUGAGGUCAACUGGAUAACAGCGUUGGUCAGCUCUUUCAGUGUUGUUGUUGUAAAGUUUGAUGGACGUGGAAGUGGCUAUCAAGGCACAAAGCUUUUGCAUGAAGUGAGGAAAGAGCUGGGAAGUUUACAAGAAAAAGACCAGUUGUCCGCUCUGGGAUCCAUAUUAAAAGAACAAUACAUAGAUAAGACGAGGGUUGGUGUUUUUGGAAAGGAAUAUGGAGGAUAUUUGAGCACACGUCUCCUGACAUCCAUGACAGAUGAGCUGUUUGCCUGUGGAGCAGCUCUUUCCCCUAUAACAGAUUUUAAACUAUAUGCAUCUGCCUUUUCAGAAAGAUAUUUGGGACUGCACACCAUAGAUAAUGGAGCAUACGGGGCAUAUGAGUUGGCCAAAAUAACAGUUCGAGAGUCCUUAUCGAAUAAAGCUAAAUUUUUGAUUAUCCACGCUACUGCAGAUGAAAAAAUCCACUUCCAGCACACUGCGGAACUCAUAACGAAUUUAGUCAAAGCCAAAGCCAAUUAUUCCUUACUGAUAUAUCCUGAUGAAAAUCAUUAUAUGAAGAGCCAAGUCAUGGAGCAGCACUUGCACAAGUCCAUUGUGAAUUUCUUUGAAGAAUGCUUCAGAAUUCAAGAUAAGCCCCCUGUAGUAGCCAUAGAAGAAGAAGAAGAAGAGGAUUAAGUUUUGUUCGUGCCAAGUACAAACCAGUUCUUACAUAACAAUAUGCAACUGAAUUGUUUUCCUUGGAAACUACAAAAUGUUAUGUUUAGCAUGUGUUUAACGGACCAGUGCCCUCUACGGCUUAUGCGACCGUACCACUUCCCAGGAAGAAGAACGUGAAGCAUGGUGGACUCAGCAAACAGUGCUGUCUAAUCACACAGCUUUUUGUUACCAAUAAAGGUUUCUUGUACUUCAAAAGAAUAAAAAGGGGCAAAAAAGAAA